AUGGAGCCCAAUCCCGACAUCUCUGACGACUCGGCCCUGCUGCAAAAAGCCAAGACGCGAGUUCUGCUCCUCUUCGACGAAUUACCGGAAUGGGCAAGGGACAACGAGUACAUCCUUUCCGGCUGGAGACCUGAGACAAAUUCGUACUGGGAAUCCCUCAUGAGUAUGGGAUACAUCCACAACGAAUCUGGAAACAUAUACACUCAUUUCUUCGCAGCCCUAUGGAUGGUCGUGCUGGGGUCAUGGUGGAGCGGCUAUGCAACCGAGCGGUAUCCAGCCACGAAUUCCGACGACGCUAUUGUCUUUUUCCUGUUCUUUCUGGGCGGGACGGUCUGCUACCUUCUUUCGACGGCUUAUCAUGUUUUCUCCAACCAUUCGCAUUCAACUCAUCUAUUUUGCCUGAAGCUUGAUUACCUAGGCAUUCUCACCGUCACUGCUGGAUGUUUUCCGCCGGGCCUCUGGUAUACCUUUCCGUGCGCUUCACGUCAAGUGAAAUUCACCUGGAUUGCUGUCGACCUUACCGCCCAGUUCUGCGCUGCCCCUCUUGCUUUGUUUUCGAAAUCCUUUCAGGCUCCCAAGAUGCGACCCCUCCGUGGGUUCGUCUUUUCCGUCAUGGCUUCUUCGGCAUUCUACCCUAUCAUUGUAAAGAUCUUUCAAGUUGGCUGGUUGCGGGCGAACGCUGAGUACGGAGCUUCGUUAUACGGCUUGACUAUCCUAAUAUAUCUAUGCUCUGUGACUACUUACGCGCUGCGAGUGACAGAGGCAUGGAAACCUGGACGCUUUGAUAUCUGGGGCCAUUCGCAUCAGAUAUUCCACGUGGGUAUGGCGAUUGGGCUUACAGUACAUUUUCUGGCCUUCUUCAGGGCUGUCAAUCAAUUUUAUGCUGUGAAGCACGGCCAAUGCCCGGAGUGA